UAGUGGUGAAAUAUUCUACUUCGAUUUCGUAAGUGUUGAACGCAAGGAUCAGAUAUCGAUGGUGCAUGGAUACACAGUGCGGCAAUAAUCAAGUAAUACGGGCAUAACCUUAUUAUAAAGAGCCGAAUUAGUAAAGAAAAGUAAUUGAGUAAUUUUAUACUUGAUGAAUAGAUAAUUUUGCAAAAUAAAUAUUCUUAUGAAGGUGAAACUGGAUUAAACUUGAAAAUUUCAAAAUACCACGACUGCAAAAGAUAUAAUUUAGUCGGUUAUGAUUCUACUGCUUGCUAAAAAAAAUCCAUGUCCAAUCAAUAAUGACGAACCGAUGCAUUGAAUGCUUCUAAAUCUUAUUCAUCAUUAUCCACUACUGUCAAUAUGUUUCUCUCCGUAAAUUCAGGCCGAUCGGGGAGUCUUCGUUGUUGAAUUCUGAGUGAUUCACAAGGGAACAGGCGUGCAAUUUCUUUGAUCCAAGUAACGUCAUGUAUAGCUUUGACGGAGACUAUAGACGAAAACCCCAACAAAAUCUAGCCGGCGCUAGCCGUAGGGAUGAAAAAGCUGUGCUGCUGCAGCAUGCUCAAUUGGAACGUUCAAAACGAGAGCAACAGCGUCAGAGGCAUGACGCCGCUGUGAAAAUCCAGGCUCAGAUUCGUCAAUUUGUAACGAGACAGUUGAAGCGUAAGCACGAAAGGCACAACUUUGAUAUAGCGCAGAAGGCCUUGGGUAAUAAUCCACCAAGCUUGGAAGAGAUUUCCCCUUUGCUCAGACAAUUGUUAUUUUUCUACGACGAGGCUCUAGAUGCAUCCAGAUUGAUAUGGAUACUUAGACAUAUCUUGAAAGAUCAUGAGCGCAUAAAACAACUGACUACCACCUCCACAGAAUGGUCGUGGAGACUACGGUGGAUUCUCAAAUUAUCCAUGCGAAAAAUAGUUGACACGGUUUCCCAAGAUCCUGCUCGUUCCAUAGCCGUUCCUCUGCGAGUCCUGGAAGUGUUCACUAUGAAAGAAAAUACAGAAGGAAUUUUAAAGAAAGAAACGGAUCGCCAUUUGAUCGGUAUAUUUGUAUAUUUGGCAGAAAACAAGUACUUUGUACAAUUGAGAAAGUUGAUAGAUGAAAAAGUGCCUCCUUUGUUGGAAGCAACGCCUGUACCGGCGACACCUAUGGCGGGAUGUCUGUUGGAUAUGAUUAAACGACCUCUUGGACUUAUCCAUACCAUGGAAGAGAAUAAUGAUUCUUCUGUUACGAUACUUGAAGAGUUCUGCUGCAGCAUUCUUGCACCAAGAAUGUCAGAGCCAAUUAAGAUGUUUGUCUUACCUGCACUGUCAAAAUUUCAAAGUCUCCCAUACAAACAAUUAAUCGAUUGUAUAAAUAGACUUGCAAAUGAGCCUACUCUGUGCCUUUUGUAUAGCAUACUAUCCCUGGAACCAGUCGGAUUUGCCUGCAGAAUGUCAAGGAACACUCUGACGAACUACCUUCAAGUUUUGGCAUCGCUGAGUUCGACGAUAGCUUCCCCACCUGCAGAGCAGAGUUUAAAUUUCACCGACGAAUCGGACAGUGAUACGGACACUGAUAUGGUGGAUCAGGAUGAAGCGGACAUACGUCAAAAAUGCAUUGAAAUGUUGAAUGCAGAAAAUCGCGUACAAGGUAUUCUUGUGGUGGUGGACCAAAGCGAGGAUCCUCUAAUGCUCCAAGCCCUAUGUCAGUUGUGCCACAAUCUUUUGAUAACCAACAAAAUGGCUGUUCCAAAAUAUAAACUACUCUACAUGCUUGCAUUCAAACCAUCGUUCCUUCGCCAUUUAUGGACGGCACUAAUGUCCGUUCGUCAAACAUCCCUGUUUGGGGGUGUCACUCUUCUACUCCAAGUAGUUUCUCGAGGUAUCGCCCUAGAUGCGGAUAACACAAAAAAGAUUGUACCUCUUUUAGCAGUUUUUUGCUCACUCUUCAGUUUGCUUAUUGCAACGCUGCACGACACCGAAUUCUUCAACGAUGGCUCCCAAGUUGGAACAAGUGGUGCCAGCCAACAGACAAUGCCAUUCACGACUGUAGAACUAGUGCCACUUUCUGCUCAUUUGAAGGGAGUUUGCUUGGGCCUGGUUGAGCUCGCGUUCCCUGACACCCGGCCGACGGUACGAGACGAUUAUAAAACUGCAGUACUUGGCACGUCUGCUACUCAAACUCACCAAAACACGCAAAUGUGGGUGCACUUGUUCAAAGUAACCGUAGGUUUGCUUCGGCAACUGCACACUCGUGAUUUGAGAAAACAAUUCUGCCCUGAAGGCCAUUGGAUAGCUUCAAACAUUGUGAUACCACUGGACAAGCCACAGGAUUUUACAUUCCGACGUCGCAGAUUAAGAGGCUAUGUACCAUUUCAAGGACUACGAGCAUUUACCCGUGAAGAUUUGGAGGAAGGCCCUCCUUGGUCGACAAAGGAAGUGCGAACGCUUACGCUACUUCGUGAGAUACCCUUUGUUGUGCCAUUCAGCGAUCGUGUAGUGGUAUUUCAAUCUCUCUUGAAUCACGACAAAGAGGAACAGCAAGGUGAAUGGACGAAUUUCAUGCGGGGUCCAUACAUACAGAUUGCUGUGAGACGGAAUUACUUGUACGAGGAUGCGUUUGACAAACUUUCACCAGAGAACGAGUCCGAGUUGAGGCUGAAAAUGAAGGUUCAAUUGGUGAACGCAGCUGGCCUUGAAGAGGCUGGUGUAGACGGGGGUGGACUAUUCCGAGAAUUUCUUUCAGAGUUGUUAAAAACGAGCUUUGAUCCAAACCGCGGAUUUUUCAGGCUGACCAAGGAUAACAUGUUGUAUCCAAAUCCAACGGUGCACCUUCUUGUUGAUGAUUUUCCAAAACACUACUACUUCAUUGGUCGUAUAUUGGGAAAGGCACUGUACGAGAAUUUGUUAGUUGAAUUGCCGUUUGCCGAAUUUUUUUUAUCAAAAAUUGUCGGCAGGCAAGCCGAUGUCGACGUUCAUCACUUGGCUUCCCUGGAUCCGAUAAUGUACAGAAAUCUCUUGUAUCUGAAAAGUUACCAAGGCGAUGUUACCGAACUGGGGCUAGACUUUACAGUUUUAUCUGACGAACUUGGGGAGAGACGCGUUGACGAGCUCAAGCCUGGUGGCGCAAAUGUCACAGUGACUUCGCACAAUCGGAUAGAAUACAUCCAUUUAAUGGCUGACUACAAAUUAAACAAACAGAUACGAGCCCAGUGCUACGCUUUCAAGCAGGGCAUAAGUAAUGUCGUAUCCCUCGACUGGCUUCAAAUGUUCAAUAAUAAAGAACUACAGGUUCUAAUCUCUGGUGCACAGAUACCUGUCGAUGUACGUGACUUGAAACUACAUACAAACUACACUGGAGGCUAUACCCCCGAUCACCCUACAAUAAUUUCCUUCUGGAAAAUUGUUGACGAAUUCACCGAUCAACAGAGAAGUCAACUGCUCAAAUUUGUGACAAGUUGCAGUCGACCACCGCUGCUUGGAUUCAAGGAACUUGAUCCACCUUUCUGCAUUCAACACGCAGGUAGCGUCGAUAGGCUGCCGACUUCGAGCACGUGCAUGAACCUUUUAAAACUUCCAGAAUUUCCCGACGAAAGAACGCUAAGGGAAAAGCUUCUGUACGCUAUACAAGCGGGUGCAGGAUUUGAGCUUAGCUAAAUAUCUGAACUUCACAACAAGAGGCACAAUUGCCAUUUCUGUUUUCAAUGUGAUAAAUUUAUUCCUUGUGAAAUUGGGUGAACGAACAAUUUGUACCCACGGUGGAUAUAUUAUGAACAAGUUCUUUACAGUAUAUGCCAUGAUUGAUGGUACCUGUAUGUACGAAGAUGGUUUGAAUGACAAAAAAUAUGACAUGAAAAAAAAAACCAGACCAAUAAUAUAUCUGCGCACUCACGUAUAAUAUUGGUUUGGUUUUGCGUCUCUCCCACGACAAGUUACAGCACAGAAAGUAGGAUAGCUUUAUUUGUGUUAGGUGACUCUCAUAUACUAUAUAAUUUGGAAGUUCAAGUUCACGUCACAGUUAUGUGAAGUUGUAAAUAUGACGUACUCAAAUGAAUGUGGUUCGAUUCUACGGAAAUCAGUUCUACAGAGUAAAUGUUCUACAGAAUGUGUUCUAAUAACUCGUUUCUACAGAAUAUUUUCUUACAGAAUAUUUUUCUACAGAACAUUUUUUUUAUAGAAUAUGUUUCUGCAAAGAA